AUGUAUAGACAAAUACCUUUAUCUGUUGCGUUCAGUAGUGAAAACCCUGACGUCAAAAUAAAGGGGAACAGAGUAACGUUUAAGUUUCCAACAGACUGGAUUGUGAACAUAAAUGAAGAGAAGUACAUUGGCAUAACAUCUAUGUAUAUAACACGUGCUUUCAGAAAGGUUGACUUUAUACUUCAAGUCGAGAUAGAAAAUGACGAACAGUCUUUAAGCGCCCAAAACAUUCACAUAUACAAAUACUUUAAAGACGAUACAACAUUGUUGCAAUGUAUGAUUUCAUUUAAUGAAAUGUUCGAGAAAAAGUUUAACAUUGAAGUACAAACUUUACAGCCUUUACGUGAGUUUCUUGCACAACUGAAAGAAGAAGGUAGUCAGCCACAACUUAUAGACUUUCAUUAUGAAUUUAAUGAAAAUGAAGAUGGAACUCAUGACUGUCAGUUUGUUGUAUUCUCACCAUUCAAUGAAGUAGCUAAAGAGAAAGAAAAUCCAUUACGUAUAAGAUUUCAAAUCUCUGAACCAAGUGAUGAUUUCAAGAAUGUUUUCAAUUAUGAUGCAAUGCUUCCGAGGAAAAAUGAAUUUUCAAAGAUUGUAA